AUGUUCCCCUUCCGGCCAUCACGUCUAUUAUUCGUGCGGCCCAAUGGACCCUUUUACUUUCUUAGCGACGAGGAGUUCACCUCGGACGAGGAGGGCAUCGCUCUGAACCCUCGCAACAAGGGCAAGGGCAAAGAAAAGUGCAAUGGAAAGGGCAAGGGCAAGGGCAAAGGAAAGGAAAAGGAAGGCGAGGGAGAAGAGGAAGCGGAGCUCGUGGACCCCAAGAUCCAUCCGUUCGGUCACCCCGCCGAGGGAUCGGGGCGUGCGAGGGUGUUUGGGGAAGUGCCCGAGACCAGGAGGUCGGGCGAGACGUCCUUUGCCGACACGCUCUUGUUUUCGCCCAACGGUAUUGCGGCGGGUCGCCACAAACCAUGGCUCAGGGAGCUGUGUCUGAAUACAAUAAAUACCCUGCGGCGGAACGAGCGGUAUCUCAACGUCGCUCUCAAUUCCGGAGAGUCCAUCAGGUACGGCUCCACGAAGCACCUUGACAUGCUCAGACACCUUGACGAAGACUACUCGUCCGUGUCAUCGCUCCGUUGCACGCCCAUCGACUACUACGUGAAGUGUAUGACCGAGGUCGUCAAGACCGACCCCGUGGACAACCAGGCGCUCCAUAACUUAUUGGACGACUUUAUUGUCGAGACGGACGUGAGGAUCAACCACAUGAUUGGGCUGGCUCGUCUGCUAGAGCCGGAACCGGAGCCACAGCCGGGACCAUAG